CUUGGGACAGACCCGGAAGCGGCGGCGGCGCCCCUGGGGGAAGAUGGCGCCCUCGGGGCUGAAGGCGGUGGUUGGGGAAAAGAUUUUGAACGGAGUCAUUCGGAGCGUCAAAAAGGAUGGGGAGUGGAAGGUGCUCAUCAUGGAUCAUCCAAGCAUGCGCAUUCUGUCAUCCUGCUGCAAAAUGUCAGACAUCCUGGCCGAGGGCAUCACCAUUGUUGAAGAUAUCAACAAACGGCGGGAACCCAUCCCUAGCCUGGAGGCCAUAUAUUUGCUGAGCCCCACAGAGAAGUCGGUUCAGGCCCUGAUUGCAGACUUCCGGGGUACCCCGACCUUCACCUACAGAGCGGCACAUGUCUUCUUUACCGACACCUGCCCAGAGCCCCUGUUCAGUGAGCUGGGCCGCUCUCGUCUGGCAAAGGUGGUGAAGACGCUGAAGGAGAUCCAUCUGGCCUUCCUGCCCUAUGAGGCCCAGGUAUUCUCCCUGGAUGCCCCCCACAGCACCUACAACCUCUACUGCCCCUUCCGGGCAGGGGAGCGGGUACGGCAGCUCGAGGUGCUGGCCCAGCAGAUUGCCACACUGUGCGCCACACUGCAGGAGUACCCGGCCAUCCGCUACCGCAAGGGCCCGGAGGACACGGCCCAGCUGGCCCACGCUGUCCUUGCCAAGCUGAAUGCCUUCAAGGCAGACACCCCCAGUCUGGGCGAGGGCCCUGAGAAAACCCGCUCACAGUUGCUGAUCGUGGACCGGGCAGCAGACCCGGUGUCCCCGCUGCUGCAUGAGCUCACGUUCCAGGCCAUGGCCUACGACCUGCUGGACAUCGAGCAGGACACAUACAGGUACGAGACAACAGGGCUGAGUGAGGCGCGGGAAAAGGCGGUGCUGCUGGACGAGGACGAUGACCUGUGGGUGGAGCUGCGUCACAUGCACAUUGCGGACGUGUCCAAGAGGGUUACGGACCUUCUGAAGACAUUCUGUGAGAGCAAGAGGCUGACCACUGACAAGGCCAACAUCAAAGACCUGUCCCACAUCCUGAAAAAGAUGCCACAGUACCAGAAGGAGUUGAACAAGUAUGCCACGCACCUGCAUUUAGCUGACGACUGUAUGAAGCGCUUCAAGGGCUUAGUGGAGAAGCUCUGCGGCGUGGAGCAGGACCUGGCCAUGGGCUCCGACGCAGAGGGCGAGAAGAUCAAGGACGCCAUGAAGCUGAUCGUGCCGGUGCUGCUGGAUGCAUUGGUGCCAGCCUAUGACAAGAUCCGGGUCCUGUUGCUCUACAUCCUUCUACGAAAUGGUGUGAGUGAAGAGAACCUAGCCAAGCUGAUCCAGCACGCCAACGUGCAGGCCCACAGUAGCCUCAUCCGGAACCUGGAGCAGCUGGGAGGCACCAUCACCAACCCCGGGGGCUCGGGGACUUCCAGCCAGCUGGAGCGGAGGGAACGCACGGAGCCCACUUAUCAGCUGUCCCGCUGGACUCCGGUCGUCAAGGACGUGAUGGAGGAUGCCGUGGAGGACCGACUGGACCGAAAGCUGUGGCCCUUCGUGUCUGACCCUGCGCCCAUGCCCAGCUCCCAGGCCGCUGUCAGUGCCCGCUUCGGCCACUGGCAUAAGAACAAGGCAGGCGUAGAGGCUCGGGCUGGGCCCCGGCUCAUUGUGUACAUCGUGGGCGGCGUGGCCAUGUCAGAGAUGAGGGCGGCCUACGAGGUGACCAAGGCCACCGAGGGCAAGUGGGAGGUGCUUAUUGGCUCCUCACACAUCCUCACCCCAACCCGCUUCCUGGACGACCUCAAGACGCUGGACCAGAAGCUCGAGGAUAUUGCCCUGCCCUGACCCUGUCCCCCCUGUCCCCUGCUCCUUCCAUUUCCAGAGAAAUAAACUCUUCCCGUGUCUACCA